AUGAAGCUGCUCCUGCUCCUCGCCCUGGUGGGCCUGGCCCAGGGCUUCCAGACCAGGGUGCCGCUGAGGAAGAUGAAGUCCCUGCGGCAGAGGCUGCAGGAGCAGGGGUUGCUGGAGAGUUACCUGGAGCAGCAUCCCUACAACCUGGCUGCCAAAUAUUUCCCGGGCAUCGCUGUGGAGCCCCUGGCGAACUACAUGGAUGAUGAAUACUUUGGCACCAUCUCCAUUGGGACCCCAGCCCAGGAAUUCACCGUGGUCUUUGACACUGGCUCCUCCAACCUCUGGGUUCCCUCUGUCUUCUGCUCCAGCCCAGCCUGCAGGAAUCACAACCGCUUCAAUCCUGCGGAAUCCUCCACGUUCCUCAGCACCAAUGACACUCUGUUCAUCGCCUAUGGCACGGGAAGCAUGACUGGAGUCUUGGGAUACGACACCAUUAACGUUGCCAGCAUCAAUGUCCACAACCAGAUUUUUGGGCUGGCUGAGACAGAGCCAGGGGAUUUCUUCUACUACACUCCCUUUGACGGCAUCCUGGGAUUGGCAUUCCCAAGCAUUGCCUCCUCCGGAGCCACCCCUGUCUUUGACAACAUGAUGAUGGAAAACCUUGUGGAUAGGCAUCUUUUCUCUGUUUACUUGAGCAGGGAUAGCCAAGGUGGGAGCUUUGUCCUCUUCGGUGCUAUUGAUCCCUACUACACCACCAAAGGCAUCUCCUGGAUCCCGCUGUCUGCUGAAACCUACUGGCAGAUCACCAUGGAGAGUGUCUCUGUCAACGGGGCUCCAGUGGCCUGCUCCUCGGGAUGCCAGGCCAUCGUGGAUACAGGAACCACUCUGUUGGCUGUUCCUAUCCGGGCCUUCCGGACCCUCAUGAGUCUCCUUGGUGCCACCUCCAGUGGUGAGAUCAGCUGUGAGGCUGUCAGUAACCUUCCCACCCUCAUCUUCCACAUCCACGGCAAAGAAUUCCCAGUGCCGCCCAGAGCCUACGUGAUAAGGAGUAAUGGGUACUGCACUGUGGGAUUGCAAGGCAUGGAUGUGCCCACAGAGGAAGGCGAGCUCUGGAUCCUGGGGGAUGUCUUUAUCCGGGAAUAUUAUGUCAUCUUCGACAGGGCCAACAACAAGGUGGGGCUGUCCCAGCUGCCCUGA